AUGCACUGUGUAGGUUACUUUUUUCGAAAGUAUUCUAGCUUAAAUAACAAAUUGAAGGUGGACAAAAUAAAAACAAAUGUCAAUAUAGUUAAUGAAGAAAUGACUAGCGCAAUAAGUAGAAGACAGAAGGAAAAAGGAAUGAAAUUAGAUCUAAAAAUAUAUGAACAGUUAAGAAAAAAAAUGUUAGGAAAGCCAUUAAAUAAGUUACAAAAAAAAUAUAUGAACGAAAAACGUCCAAAGUUUGCACCAAUAUUUUUGGAUCAGUUAAAACCUAGAAUGAUUUUAUAUAAGGUAGCUAUUCAAGUAAGUGAGUUGCCACUACCAAAAUAUCCAGAAAUUGCAUUUAUAGGUAGAUCAAAUUGCGGUAAAUCUACAUUAAUUAAUGAAUUAUGUGGAAGAACAAAUAAGGCAAAAGUUAGCAAAUUGCCUGGAUGCACGAAACAAAUUCAUUUUUAUAAAAUAGCGAAACCUUGUUUACUUUGUUUGGUUGAUUUGCCAGGAUAUGGGUUUGCUCAUAGUAAGGAAGAAUUAAGGCUCCAGUGGAAUGAAUUUACCUUGUUUUAUUUAAAAAAUAGGAAAAAUUUAAAAAAGGUUUUUGUUCUUAUUGAUUGCCGAGUUGGUCUAAAAACAAGUGACAAGGAAUUGUUACAUUUUUUUGAUAGGUAUAAUAUAAAAUAUCAAAUAAUUUUAAGUAAAUGUGACUUACUAAAUACAAAGGAUUUAGCCAUAAAAAUUCAAAUUAUAAAUGAAGAAAUAUUUUGUUUUAAAAAUUUAGAAAAACCUAUUAUUCCAUUAAGUUCAAUAAAAAGACAAAAUUUGAACGAGUUAAGAAGUGAAAUAGCGAAAUAUCAAUUAAACAAAACCAUUGUUAAGAAUAAUAUUAUAAUGAAGAUAAAUGAUUUAAUUGAGCAGAAGAAAUUGAAGAAACUGAAAAACGUUAAAGGGGUUCAGGUAGGAACAAACAAAAAUGAAGGCGAAAAGGAGAGUUCCUUUAGCACUUUUACUGCAUCAGACAUCUUAAGCGAAAGAAAAAAAAAAAGGAACAAAAAUAAUUCAGAAAAUAGUACCUCUAAAGAUAUCCUUAUAAGUGAUGAUACGAUCUUUGAAGCGUUAAAUAGAUGGAAAGUGUGUGAUAAGAUUACCUUAGAUGCAACUUUUAAUAAAUAUAUGCAUUUCCAUGCGAAUUAUUUAAUAAAAUCCCUUAAACAGAGGUUCAUAGAAAAUUGCUUAAAAGAGUUUAACAAACAAGAUUUACAAAUUAUUGAUGAUAUUAUUGAAAACUAUGAUAAACAGGAUAAAUGCGAUGCUAAACAGACAGACGUAGUAGUAACAAAUCAUCAGUUGGGAAACACAGGAGAACAAAGUAUGAUAUGUAAGCAAAGUUAUAAGGCAAGUGAUGCUAAUGUGGACUACAAACAGAGGAAAUAUAAGAAAAAGGGGCAAUUAAUUGAAUAUGGUAAUAAGAACACAUGUAUUAAAAGUGACAAUACGAUAAAUUGUGAUAUUGAUAAUUAUAGCAAAAACAAUGAACAUAAUAGCAUUGAUUUGUCUUUACCAGAUGAUACAAAUAAUAAAAAAUGGGAAGACAUCUUAGCUGUUAAAAAUGAGCAUGUUACAUAUAGUGACGUACAUAAAAACAUGCACAGUUUAGAAAUUAGGAAUGAUCAAGAUUUUGUUAAUCAAUUAAGUCAUGAAAAUUAUUUACGAAAAUGUAGUGAGGAUCUAGUAGUUAAGGAAAAUGCUAGUAGGACUAUUGACGGAUCGCAUAAAAAAGAAAUAGAUGAACAUUUUAAUAUUUUUUCUAUGAAUGGCACAGAUAAUGGUGAAAUAGAAAAUGAAAUAUUACACAACAGCUUACUUUUGUGCUAUAAAAUUAAGAGUAAUCAUUCCGAAUAUAUAUAUUCGGAAAAUGUAAAAAUGGAAAGUUUGUUUGAAAAAAAUAAUAAAAAACUAGGAAAUGAUUUUAAAUGUAUGGACUAUUCUAAAAUUAAAGAAGAUGUUUUACUAGAGGAAGAGGAUACAUAUUCGUCUGAAGAUUUUGUAAACGGUUUAAAAAGAAAUAAAAAAGAAUUUUUAAUGGAUAAUGAUUCCUUAAGUAGUUAUACAUUUAAUUUAAAGGAUAAAAGUACGCAUCACGUGUACGAAAAAAAUAAAUCAGAAGCAUACAAAAUUUAUAGAAGUAAAAUGUUAGAAAAUUUGUGUGAUGUCCAGAACAUUUUUAAUAUUUCUGAAAGGGGGGUGAAGAACACGCAACAGCAUAUGUCCAAUACGAAAAAUAAUUCUUCUUCACAAAUUAAAAGCGGUAAUAUAUUACACAAAGGUACGACCAUACGUAAUAGUUUCUCUAAGGAAAUGAUUUUAGAAGGACAGAGAUCGUCGAGAGAGGAGGAAGAAAAUAUUUAUAUAAAGAAAAAUUAUAUAGGUUUAAAAACUAGAAAGAAAAUUAUAAAAGGCACAAAAAAAUUAAAAUUGUUUGGUAAAAAGAGGGCAAAAGAAAUAGUAAAUACUCCUAUAGAUUUGGCUACGGAUUAUUUCAAAUUAAGUAAUAAAAAUUCCACUUUUCUCGAUAAAAAAAAAAAUAGUUGGAACUAUAUUAGCUCAAAGUAUAAUAAAUGGCUAAAAAAAGUAAACCGUAAAAAUACUUGUCCAGAAAUUAUUAGUUCUGUUAAAAAAGAAGAUGUUAUGAUACGUUAUGUGCAAAAACAAGAAAGCAAAUAUAAAAAGGAGAAAAAUAAAUUAUCAGCGCAAAAGAAAAACUUAGGUAUGAUAACAAAACCGCCUAAUCACAAAAAAAUUAAAAAAAUUUCAAGAAAUUUUACCCUAUCUGAUGAGCAAAAGAUAUUUGAUAGAGAAGCCUUUUUUAAAUAUCGCGAUGUUGAAAAGUGA